UCCUCCCCGCCCCCGCCGCCGCCUCCGCCGCCGCCGCAGCCAUUCAUGGCGAGGCGCCGCCGGGGGGGACUCGAACAUUAAACCCAUGCUCUUCUCCAUCCAGCCCUGCAAAUCCCAAGCUCCUGCCGCAUCCGCCGCGGCCGCCGCCGCCAUCUCGGGCAUCCGCUUCGCCGCCUCGUCGUCGCCGUCGUCGUCGCCGUCGACGGCGCUGGUUCCCGCGCCGCGUACCGAGGAGAGCCCGUUCGACUCGCUGCUCGCGUCUGAUCCCGCGCCUCCUGAGCCGCUCCGCCAGGUGCUCGCCUCUGGCGACGUCCACGCCGCGCUCCGCGGCCUCCCGGGCCUCGCGCGGCAGCUGUUUCGGUGGGCGGAGGCCACCCGGGGUGGCUUCCCGCGCUGCCCAUCCGCGUACGCCGCCGUCCUCGUCCCGCUCGCCGAAGCCAAGCACCUCCACGCCGCCCACCCCGUCUCAGUCCGCGCCAUUCACCUCGGCCUUCUCCUCCCCCUCCUGUCCCUCCUCCUCUCCUUUCCCACCACCACCUCCCUCCACUACCUCCUCAAUCUCCUCUUGCGCCUGUCCACCAAGUACUCGACAGAAUGCCGAGCUCACGACCCGGCGCCCACCACCUGUUCGACGCUAUGCCUUGCUGCUUUCCGCGAGAUGGCGCGCCACGGGGUGCCCCCUUUCAUCAAGGACUGCAACCGUGUGCUCCGUGCGCUUCGUGAUGAAGCCAGGUGGGAUGAUAUGCGCGCGGUGUAUGCAGAGAUGCUCCAGAUCGGGAUUGAGCCGAGCAUUGCCACAUACAAUACAUUACUGGAUUCUUUCUUCAAGGAGGGGAGGGUGGAUCAGGCUGCCAAGUUGCUCAGAGAGAUGGAGGCUCGGGCUGGUGGAUGCUUGCCAAGUGAUGUCACAUACAAUGUGGUGAUUAAUGGGUUGGCCAGGAAAGGUGAGCUGGAGAAGGCAGCUCAGCUGGUUGACAGAAUGCGUCUGUCCAAGAAAGCGUCAACUUUUACAUUUAAUCCAGUUAUUACCGGGCUGUUUGCAAGGGGUUCUGUUGAAAAGGCUGGAGCAUUGCAGUUGGAGAUGGAGAACGAGGGCAUUGUACCCACAGUGGUGACGUACAACACAGUUAUUCAUGGAAUGUUUAAAAGUGGUAAUGUGGAGGCGGCUCAGAUGAAGUUUGUGGAAAUGAGGGCAAUGGGAUUGCUUCCAGAUUUGAUUACAUACAAUUCUUUAAUAAAUGGGUAUUGUAAGGCAGGGAAUUUAAAGGAGGCACUUUGGUUGCUUAGUGAUUUGAGGCGUGCAGGGUUAGUCCCAACAGUUUUGACAUAUAACAUUCUUUUAGAUGGUUAUUGUAGAUUAGGUGAUUUAGACGAAGCUAGGAGAUUCAAGCAGGAAAUGGUAGAGCACGGGUGUCAGCCUAAUGUUUCUACAUACACGAUGCUCAUGAAUGGGUCUCGUAAGGUCAGGAAUCUUGCUAUGGUAAGAGAAUUCUUUGAUGAAAUGUUGAGCAAAGGUUUGCAGCCAGAUCGCUUUGCCUAUAAUACAAGGAUUUCUGCAGAGCUGAUUUUAGGUGCUACUUCCCAGGCAUUUCAGCUGACAGAGGUGAUGAUUUCAAGAGGAAUUUCUUCUGAUAUAGUCACAUACAAUAUUCUCCUUGAUGGAUUGUGCAAAUCUGGUAACCUGAAAGAUGCCUAUGUAUUGUGGAUGAAGAUGGUCAGUGAUGGUUUACACCCUGACUGUGUCACAUACACUUGCUUGAUUCAUGCACAUUGUGAGAGAGGGCGUUUGAGAGAAGCAAGGGAUAUUUUUGAUGGAAUGCUUGUAAGUGGGUUGCCACCCUCUGCCGUGACCUAUACUAUUUUUAUUCAUGCAUAUUGUAAAAGAGGAAAUCUUUACUCAGCAUAUGGUUGGUUGCAAAAGAUGCUGGAGGAAGGAGUGCGACCUAAUGAAGUAACAUAUAAUGUGCUCAUACAUGCACUUUGCAGGAUGGGGAGAACUACCUUAGCUUAUCAGCAUUUCCAUGAGAUGCUGGAAAGGGGAUUGGCACCAAACAAAUACACAUACACUUUGCUGAUAGAUGGGAACUGUAAAGAAGGUAACUGGGCAGAGGCUAUUAGACUGUAUUCUGAAAUGCAUCAGAAUGGUAUUCAUCCAGAUCAUUGCACACACAAUGCCUUGUUUAAGGGAUUUGAUGAAGGCCAGUCAAAACAUGCAAUUCAGUACUUGGAGAAUGUUGUUUUGGGCUCAUAGAUAGGUCUUUGAGAAAGAUGGACCAUGUGGACUUGUUUGGUGGAAAUCCCUAGCAAGGGAGAUGGAGCUUGGAGAACAUUUUCUGAGUAAAGAAGAUGGGUGCUGUCCAGAUAGAUAGUUGAUACAAACAUUUGCUUCGAUGUUGCCUAAUUUUUGUCAAAAGUUUUCCUUAGUCACAUGUUCAUGCUUCAUGGAGAUACAGUUGUUCUCCAAUCUCCAUUAUUUUUUUUCUUGAUAAGGUGCAGUAGAAAUCUCUUCACCAUGUGUCCCAUAUAUCUGCUACUCAAAAGAAAAGGGUGAAUGGUAGUGAACAUUUGGGACUGUGAUCUCAACAAUAGUAUAUAGGGUUUCUCUUGGUAAAAAGCCAACACUGAUUUUGUGAAAUGAAUAAUCUCUGUAACACUGACAAUUUUGCCAUAGGCAUCUGGCAUAUGCAUUGGCCUGUCAGAUAUGUAACAAUGCUCCCAUUGGUUGGAUAAUUUUAUUGAUUUUUAAUGUUAACUAUCUUGGAAGGAAAUUCUGUACUGACAUGAGCAAGACAUGAUCUGCAUAUGAGACUAUACAACAGCAGAAAUGCCCUUUAAUUCGCUAACACACACGGGUGUUUAUUCACUUAACCUGUGUUCUCAAAUCAUUACAGUUUGCUAGAGGUUGGUUUUGUGGUACGGAUGAGCUAAAAAGUCA